AUGGCUCAGAUGAUUGGUACAGAUGAUAUAGAGUCACUGAGAAUUGAGUUGGCAGAGAUAGGAAGAAGCAUUAGAUCAUCUUUUCAGCGUCGUAGCUCAAGUUUCCGAAGCAGUGCUUCAGGAUUGAGCUCUACAAAGGGUGGUGAUGUUGAUGCUGAUGCUGUAUAUGCAUUGCAGUGGGCUGCAAUUGAGAGAUUGCCAACAUUUGAGCGGCUCAGAUCGUCCUUAUUUGAUGAGGAUGGUGAUGAUGUUGGUGCUACUGAUACUAAAGAAAAAAGGGUUAUUGAUGUUACCAAGCUUGGAGCUCAAGAACGGCAUGUCUUCAUAGAGAAGCUCAUCAAGCACAUCGAGCAUGACAACCUUCGCUUAUUGAGAAAAAUUAGAAACCGGAUAGACAAAGUUGGUGUAGAAUUGCCCACUGUGGAGUUGAGAUACAAAAAUCUGCGUGUGGAGGUAGAGUGUGAGGUGGUUCAUGGCAAGCCGUUACCAACUCUAUGGAAUUCUUUUAAAAACAUGCUUUCUGUAUUCACUAAGCUACCAGGUUCGAAGUCACGACUAGCUAAGAUAAGCAUAAUUAACGAAGUUAGUGGUAUCAUAAAGCCUGGAAGGAUAACUCUACUGCUAGGUCCCCCGGGUGGUGGGAAGACCUCCCUUUUGAAGGCUCUUUCAGGAACUUUAAACCAAUCUCUCAAGACUACUGGGGAGAUUACUUAUAAUGGAUACAAGCUAGAAGAGUUUGUCCCUCAAAAGACUUCAGCUUAUAUUAGUCAAAAUGACAAGCACAUUUCAGAUAUGACUGUGAGGGAAAUACUGGAUUUUUCAGCACGUUGUCAGGGUGUUGGAAGCCGAGCAGAUAUUAUGGUGGAGGUCAGUAAAAGGGAGAAGGAAGCUGGAAUUAUUCCUGAUCCAGACGUAGACACUUACAUGAAGGCAAUUUCAGCCAAAGGACUAAAAGGAAACCUUCAAACAGAUUAUAUACUAAAGAUCCUUGGACUUGAUAUCUGUGCCGACACUCUUGUUGGAGAUGCCAUGAGAAGAGGUAUCUCUGGUGGUCAGAAAAAGAGAUUGACAACAGGGGAGAUGAUUGUAGGACCUACAAAAGCCUUGUUUAUGGAUGAAAUAACAAAUGGAUUAGACAGUUCCACUGCAUUUCAAGUUGUUACAUGUCUUCAGCAGCUGGUGCAUAUCACAGAUGCUACUGUACUAGUUUCACUUCUUCAGCCAGCACCAGAAACCUUUGACAUUUUUGAUGAUCUUAUUUUAAUGUCAGAAGGGAAGAUUGUGUAUCAUGGUCCACGUGAUCAUGUUCUAAAUUUUUUUGAGGAUUGUGGUUUUAGGUGUCCUGAGAGGAAAGGGGUUGCUGAGUUUGUCCAAGAGGUUAUCUCUAGGAAAGAUCAAGCACAGUACUGGUAUCAAAUGGAAGUACCCUACAAUUAUGUUUCAGUUGAUAUGUUCUCCAGGAAAUUCAAGGAAUCUCCUUAUGGAAAGAAGCUAGAUGAAGAGCUUUCAGAGACAUAUGAUAAAUCCCAAAGCCAUCAAGAUGCUCUUUCCUUUAGUGUGUAUUCUCUUUCUAAAUGGGAACUUUUUAGAAUAUGUGCUUCAAGGGAGUAUCUUCUCAUGAAAAGGAAUUCUUUCAUCUAUAUAUUCAAAACAACUCAGCUUGUCAUCACUGCAUGUAUCACGAUGACUGUAUUUUUACGGACCCGGAUGGAUAUUGAUAUUCUUCAUGCAAAUUACUAUAUGGGUUCCCUGUUUUAUGCUCUUAUCAUCCUUCUUGUUGAUGGAAUUCCAGAGUUGUCCAUGACUAUUCAAAGGCUUGAAGUCUUCUACAAACAAAAAACAUUUUGUUUUUACCCAGCUUGGGCAUAUGCAAUUCCAUCAAGUAUUUUAAAGGUUCCUAUUUCAUUUGUGGAAUCUCUAGUUUGGACAUGUCUUACUUAUUAUGUUAUUGGAUAUAGCCCUGAAGCCAAAAGGUUCUUCCGUCAGUUCAUUCUUCUUUUUGCAGUGCAUUUAUCUUCAUUAUCUAUGUUCCGUUUCCUGGCAUCAGUCUUCCAGACCAAUAAUGCUUCCAUGACAGCUGGUAGUUUUGCAAUAUUAAUAUUGUUAGUAUUCUCUGGCUUCAUUAUAACUCAAUCUUCUAUGCCUGUUUGGUUGAAGUGGGGUUUCUGGGUUUCUCCUAUCACAUAUGGAGAAAUGGGCCUUUCUUUAAAUGAAUUUCUUGCUCCACGAUGGCAAAAGAUGUUAUCCACAAACACCACCAUAGGGCAAGAAAUACUCGAAAGCCGUGGACUGAACUUUGAUGGAUAUCUUUAUUGGAUAUCACUCGGUGCCCUAUUUGGAUUUAUAAUUGUUUUUAACAUUGGAUAUGUCCUGGCCUUAACUUUCUUGAAGUCUCCUGGAUCGUCUCGUGCUGUUAUCUCGCAUGAAAAGCUCUCCCAAAUACAGGGAAGUGAAGAUUCACGUGAUGGUUCCUGUCUAGAAAAAAAGUCUGGAAAUUCUCCUGCGCAGAAUAGUAUAGAACCAAAUAAAGGUAGAAUGGUAUUACCAUUUACACCCUUAACAGUAGUGUUUCAAGAUGUGCAAUACUAUGUUGACAUCCCCUUGGAAAUGAGAGAAAAGGGAUUCACCAAUAAAAAACUCCAAAUUCUUUCUGAUAUUACGGGUGCAUUGAAGCCUGGUGUUCUUACAGCAUUGAUGGGUGUCAGUGGAGCCGGGAAAACAACUCUUCUGGAUGUCUUAGCCGGAAGAAAGACCAGUGGCUAUAUUGAAGGGCACAUAAAAAUUGGAGGGUAUCCCAAGGUUCAAGAGACGUUUGCUAGGGUGUCGGGUUAUUGUGAACAAACAGACAUACAUUCUCCUCAAAUCACAGUUGAAGAAUCGGUGAUAUUUUCUGCUUGGCUACGACUGUCUCCUCAGAUAGACUCAAAAACUAAAGCUGAAUUUGUGAAUGAAGUCUUGGAGACCAUUGAGCUUGAUGGAAUAAAGGAUGCCCUGGUUGGCGUACCUGGCAUUAAUGGUCUAUCAAAUGAGCAGCGCAAGAGGCUUACAAUAGCUGUGGAGCUUGUUUCUAACUCGUCUAUUAUCUUCAUGGAUGAACCAACAACGGGUUUGGAUGCAAGAGCAGCGGCAAUUGUUAUGCGAGCUGUGAAGAAUGUAGCUGAUACAGGAAGAACAAUUGUUUGUACCAUCCACCAGCCAAGUAUUGACAUAUUUGAAGCAUUUGAUGAGCUAAUUCUUCUAAGAAGUGGUGGACAUGUAAUAUACUCGGGAUCAUUAGGACAACAUUCAGCUUGUGUUAUAGAAUACUUUGAGAGUAUCCCUGGAGUUCCGAAGAUUAGAAAUAAUUACAAUCCGGCAACAUGGAUGUUAGAGGUCACUUCUAUAUCCGCAGAAGCAGAACUUGGUGCAGAUUUUGCCCAGAAGUACAGGGAUUCUGCUUUAUACGAGAAAAACAUGGAGCUUGUAAGGCAGUUGAGUAGUCCACCUCCUGGGUCAACAGACCUGUAUUUUCCUACACGCUUUUCACAAAAUGGUUGGGGACAAUUAAAAUCCUGCCUAUGGAAACAACAUUUGGCUUAUUGGAGGAGUCCUGCAUACAACCUUAUGCGUAUCAUGCAUACGCUUGUAACAGCUUUAAUUUUUGGGGUGCUUUAUUGGGAUGAAGGAAAAAAAUUGAAUAACCAGCAGAAUUUGUUCAAUAUAUUUGGUUCCAUGUAUGUUGCCGUGCUCUUCUUGGGCAUAAAUAACUGCUCAACAGUUCUACCAUAUGUUGCAACUGAGCGAACUAUUAUGUAUCGGGAAAUAUUUGCAGGGAUGUACUCUUCAUGGGCUUAUUCAUUUGCACAGGUAAUAGUGGAGAUUCCUUAUCUCUUCAUCGAAACUGCUAUUUUUGUGACAAUCAGCUAUCCAAUGAUUGGAUAUUAUGGGUCAGCUUAUAAAGUUUUUUGGUACUUCUAUACAAUAUUUUGUUCCUUGCUCUCCUUCAACUAUUUGGGAAUGCUACUUGUGUCAUUGACGCCAAACUUCAUGGUAGCUGCAAUUUUGGCCUCAGCCUUCUACACAACAUUCAACCUCUUUGCUGGUUUUUUGAUUCCUAAACCGCAAAUUCCAAAGUGGUGGAUCUGGAUGUAUUAUCUGACCCCUACAUCUUGGUCACUUAAUGGUAUGCUUACAUCACAAUAUGGAGAUAUAAAUAAAAAGAUUGUGGUAUUUGGAGAAACCAAAACAGUUGUUGCAUUCUUAGAAGAUUACUUUGGGUAUCACCAUGACCAGUUAGCUAUUGUGGCGGUUGUUCUCAUUGCCUUCCCCUUUGUUUUUGCAUCCUUGUUUUCAUACUUUAUUGGACAGUUAAAAUUCCAACGUAGGUAGAGGAUGGAGAUGUUGUCCGUUGCUUGCAAGCCCUUUAGUUUGCAAGUAAUUGUUGAUUCAAUGUAGUAAGAACUGUCGUAUAUUUAUCAAGUAAUGUAU